AUGAGGAAUGCUUCAUCUGACGCCAAAACACAUUCCGGGUCGCCUGAAGCAAAUGUAGAAAGCCACUCUGUCUCUAGUGCUCGAUCUAGCACGCUCGACGAUGACCGACUACUAGAGGAGAUUGGGUAUGUGCCGUCGUUCAAGCGAGAGUUCUCCAAUCUGGCCACGAUUAGCUUCGCGUUCAGCAUAAUGGGUCUCUGUUCUAGCGUCGCAACCACCUUCAACACGCCACUUCUCACGGGAGGACCCGCCUCUGUCACUUGGUGCUGGAUCCUUGGUGCAUGCAUGUGUUUUACAUUGGGGUCGAGUAUCGCGGAGAUUGUCAGCGCGUUUCCUACGUGUGGUGGCUUAUACACCGCUUCAGCACAACUGUGCCCGCCAAGACAUCGAGCUAUCGUCGGCUGGAUAGUCGGGUGGCUGAAUCUGCUUGGACAAAUUGCGGGUCUGUCUUCUACAGAGUUUGGUCUCGCCAAUAUGAUAUGGGCGGCGGUUGUCAUUUCCAAAGACGGGGAUUAUGUAGUCACACAAGGCAUGACCGUCGGGCUUUUCGCCGGCCUGUUGGUGUUCAACGGGAUUCUGAACUGCCUCGCAACACGCCAGCUAGCUCACAUCACCAAGAGCUUUGUCUUCGUUAACCUCGGGACAACAAUUUUGAUCAUCAUCGUGCUUCUCGCGAUGACACCGCGCUCUGAGAUGCACGCUGCGUCGUACGUAUUUGGCUCCGCCGGCAUCGUGAACCAGACGGGCGGCUGGAAUAGUGGACUCGCCUUCCUCUUCGGGCUGCUGAGUGUCCAAUGGACGGUGCAGAGUUUCCCCCCACAGGAUUACGAUGCAACUGCACACAUAUCGGAAGAGGUCAAGCGCGCGGCAUACGCAGCACCCUCGGCCAUAUUCAUCGCUGUCAUUGGCACGGGGCUGCUCGGAUGGCUUCUCAACAUUGUUAUGGUUCUUUGCUCAGGGCCACUAGAGAACCUUCCUGGUCCUUCAGGGUCCGCCUUCCUCGAGAUCAUGGCGCUUCGCAUCGGGAAGCCGGGCGCGCUGUUCCUAUGGAGCUUCGUAUGCCUUACCGCCUUCUUCGUAUGUCAGACAUCGCUCCAGGCAUGCUCGCGGAUGGUAUAUGCGUUCAGUCGUGACCACGCCCUGCCGGACCGUGGCUACUUCGGACACGUCACAUCGUUCACGACCACUCCUCUCCGUGCGGUCUGGUUCACCACGAUUUUCAGCAUUCUCCCGGGUCUUCUUGAUCUAGCCAGUCCCAUAGCUGCCAACGCAAUAUUCGCCUUGUGCGCCAUCGCUCUAGACACAUCAUACAUAAUCCCGAUCUUCUUGAGGCGCCUGUAUUCAAGACAUCCGGAAGUGAACUUUAAGCCCGGACCAUUCUAUAUGGGUGACGGCUUACUUGGAUGGGCGGCAAACCUGACAUGUAUCUGCUGGACGCUGUUUGUUUGUGUCAUAUUCUGCAUCCCAACAGAACUCCCUGUUACCUCCACGAACAUGAACUACGCUUCGGUCAUCACGGUCGGAGUGAUCGUCCUCUCAGGGUACGUACGUGAUCUGUCAGGUCUAUUUAGUCAUUGA